AUGGUGGUUAAGCAAGAAAUUGGGAAAGGAAUAAAUGGAAAGAGAGGAUUUCCUUAUGGAGAUGGUGUUAUAAUGAAAGUAGAUUGUGAAAUACCAAUGUGUACUGUAGAAAAAAGUUCAGAAAUUUUUGAGCAAGUUGAAGAUGAAAAUGAAAACACAGAUUCCUUAGAUGAAAUUGAAAAAAAUCAAGAUUUGAAGAUGUUUUUUGAAAAUUCCAUUAAUUAUACAAUUAAUCCACGAGUUGUAGUACAGGAAUGUAACAGUACAAAAGAUCCAUAUGAUGAAGACAUGGCAGAAGUAAAAUAUCUCUAUUCUAAGCCAGUUGCAUUUAUCAUUAUAGGUAAACCAUCUCCUGACAACAUGAAACUUGGACAGAAGUUGGCAACAUACUGGGGUUGCCUGUAUAUUGAUCCAAUUACAUGUUUCAACAUGGAACCUGAGGAGGCAGAUUCACCAGUAUUACUCUGGUGUCGUAAGCACCUUUCUGAAGGAAGAAAGAUACCCAGUGAAAUAGUAAUGCGUGUAAUGGAACAACGUGCCCUCUCUAAUGAG